AAAUUUCUAGAAGCUUCUCUUAUCAUCUGAUAAAACCCCAUUGAAAACUUUCUAGGGUUGUAUCCUCUCCCACUCCGUACUUCCUUUCAACGAAUUCGCACCUAAUUCAGGACCUGUCGUUCUACCAAUCUGAGGGCCAAUCCUUAAUUUGUUCUAACGGAAAUGACGACUUCUCAGUUCACAGCAUCAUCGAUCUCCGUAUCAGCGAGAAACUUGACAUCAUUUGAAGGGCUGAGACCCUCAACGGUCAAAUUCGCAUCGUUUGGGACACUGAAGGCUGGAACUCACUCUCAACGGUCAUUCCGGGGGCUGGUUGUCAAAGCAGCCACUGUUGUUGCCCCAAAGUUUACUUCAAUUAAGCCUUUGGGUGAUAGAGUUCUGGUGAGGAUCAAGACUGUAGAGGAGAAGACAGGUGGUGGUAUUUUGCUUCCAACAUCAGCUCAAUCGAAGCCACAGGGAGGUGAAGUUGUUGCCGUUGGAGAGGGGAAGUCACUUGGGAAGACUAAAGUGGACAUUUCUGUUAAGACCGGUAGCCAGGUGGUUUAUUCCAAGUUUGCUGGGACCGAGCUAGAAUUCAAUGGUUUGAAUCAUCUUAUAUUGAAGGAGGAUGACAUUGUUGGUAUUCUUGAGACAGAAGAUAUCAAGGAUCUGAAGCCUCUAAAUGACAGGGUUUUGAUCAAGGUUGCUGAGGCUGAGGAGAAAACUGCUGGAGGUUUGCUGCUAACGCAGUCCACAAAGGAUAAACCUUCAAUUGGAACAGUUAUCGCAGUUGGGCCAGGUACUCUAGACGAGGAAGGUAAUAGGAAACCUUUACCCAUCUCCCAAGGGAGCAAUGUUCUGUACUCCAAGUAUGCUGGAAAUGACUUCAAGGGCAGUGAUGGAUCUAACUACAUUGCUCUCAGGGUUUCUGAUGUGAUGGCUGUGCUCUCUUAGUUGUCAUUUUAUUGUGCUUGAGCAGGCGUUGCAAAAAUUUCUUGCUUGAGUUGCCCCAAGGCAUACGGAUUUUGAAUGUAAUCCUGUUUUGAACAUGUAUUUGAUUAUUGCUUUAGGUAAUGUUUAUGCAACGGCUCUACCGGUGUAAACGUCAACCUACAUCGUAUGAUGCAAUCAGGUUAUAAUAGUGAACCUAUGCGUGCCCAUGAA